CAAAGUAAUGUUAGAUGAUUAAAUCACAGCACCACCAAACCAACCAAAAUCCUUCCUUUCCCUUCAAAACGUUACAAACUUCAAUUCAAAAUUCAAAGCAAACUCAAUACAUAAACAAUAAAUACUACCUGCAUUUCAAUUCACAAACCUUACACACACACAGAUGAAGCUCUCGGCGUUGCAGCAGAGCUACCUCAACCGCCGCGCCAACAGCUUCAGAGGAGCACCGCAGUUAGAUGGUUCCGGCGACGGCGCCGUCAAGUCGCCGGCAACAAUAUUCUGGCUCGUCCUCCACGGCGUCUGCUGCCUCAUUAGUCUCGUCCUCGGCUUCCGCUUCUCUCGACUCGUCUUCUUCUUCCUCUUCUCCACUUCCGCCACCAACCUCUACACUGUCCCGUUCCGCUCCGGAGGAGCGGACAUCACCGUCCCCGUCGACGCUCGCUCGACUCCCGCCGUGAACCGGACUACUGUCGUGGCUAGCAGGGUGGUGGUCGGGCGGCACGGGAUCCGAAUCCGGCCGUGGCCGCAUCCGGAUCCGGUGGAGGUGAUGAAGGCUCACCGGAUAAUUGAGAGGGUUCAGAGGGAGCAGAAGGCUUUGUUUGGGGUGAAGAACCCUAGGACGGUGAUCGCCGUCACGCCGACCUAUGUGCGGACGUUUCAGGCGCUUCACUUGACCGGCGUGAUGCACUCGUUGAUGCUGGUGCCGUACGAUCUGGUGUGGAUCGUGGUGGAGGCCGGAGGAGUCACCAAUGAAACCGCUUCCAUUGUUGCCAAGUCUGGGCUCAGAACCAUCCACAUUGGCUUCCAUCAGAAGAUGCCUACUUCAUGGGAAGCUCGGCAUAAACUCGAGUCUCGUAUGCGUCUUCAAGCUUUGAGAAUUGUGAGGAAAGAGAAGCUGGAUGGAGUUGUGAUGUUUGCUGAUGAUAGUAAUAUGCAUAGUAUGGAGUUGUUUGAUGAGAUUCAGAGGGUGAAAUGGAUUGGUGCUGUUUCGGUUGGGAUACUUCUUCAUUCAGCUGAUGCGGGCGAGUCUUCGUCAGGGGAGGGGGAAGCUUCCCUGAUCCCUGUGCAAGGUCCUGCUUGUAAUGCUACGGAUAAGUUGGUUGGGUGGCACACUUUUAAUUCAUUGAGAUAUACGGGAAGAAGUGCGGUUUAUAUUGAUGACAGGGCGCCUGUGCUGCCCAGAAAGCUUGAGUGGUCUGGGUUUGUGUUGAAUUCCAGGUUGCUUUGGAAAGAUCUUGGUGAUAGACCAGAGUGGAUUAAGGAUCUUGAUGCGGUUGAUGAGGGGAUAGAGAGUCCACUGUCGUUGGUCAAGAGCACCUCUGCGGUAGAGCCACUUGGGAAUUGCGGACGCCAGGUUUUGCUUUGGUGGCUGCGGGUUGAAGCUCGCACUGAUAGCAAAUUCCCUGCUCGAUGGAUCAUUGAUCCUCCUUUGGACAUCACCGUCCCAUCAAAACGCACUCCAUGGCCAGAUGCUCCUCCUGAGCUCCCAUCGAAUGAAAAAGUGUUCACCGGCACAGAAGAGCAGACGAACAAGCACACUACAAAGAUCAAAACAACCAGAUCCCGACGCAGUAAAAGUAAGAGAAAGCAUGAGACCAAAGUGAUUGGUGUGCAAGUCUCUACACAUUCUGAACAAAACUGAGAUGGGAAUUUGCACAUCUGAGGAAUUUAUUGCCUUGUGUAUACAAAACUGCUGGCCUUUCGCAACAAGAAUUUGGACUUUGAUCAAAUGAAGAAGCUGAUAUCUUACUGAAGAUGCGUAAUUUUUAUGGUUGCCAGCACAUGUGCAUUAGAGUAUGAGAUUUCACCCAUUUUUUCUUUUUACAAUUUUUUCUUCUUUAUGUUGGGGGUGCCAUAUACCCGUUCGCUUGAGAGAUUGAAAGGUAAUGUGAUCUUAGUUUUGCAGCAGUUGCUUGCUGCCUUGCAGGAAGUGUAUUCAAUUUUAUUCCAUGUUAAUAGAUAUUCUUCUCAAUA